AACUCGAACUGUCACUUUGACGUUUCUCAAUUUCUGAAAUUCUUGGAUUUUAUUUACCUACGCAUUUUGGUGAAUUUUAGAGAAAACAAACCCUGAUUUGUUUUAAAAUAUCACCAUUGUGAACAAGAAGGAUUUCUGUGUUACGAAAAUCAGUAAUGGGGCAAACCCUAUCGGAGCCGGUGACGGAGAAGCAAUCGUCGACAUGUCAGGACAGCCGGUACCUCGUCGGAUCAUCUUGCAUGCAAGGAUGGCGGGUCUCCAUGGAUGACUCCCAUACACACAUACUGUCCUUACCUGAGGAUCCUGGCACUGCGUACUUUGCAGUCUAUGAUGGCCAUGGUGGUGCAAAUAUAGCUGAAUAUGCUGGGAAGCACUUACACAAGUUUAUAACAGCUCGGCCUGAGUACCAUCUUGGCAACAUUGAAGAGGCUAUGAAACAGGGUUUCCUAGACCUGGAUCAGGCGAUGCUUGAAGAAGACAUGCUGCAAGAGAAGGUAGCUGGCAGCACGGCAGUCGUGGUGCUUGUCAAGGAUAACACUCUGUAUUGCGCCAAUGUUGGUGAUUCUAGGGCCGUGGCUAGUGUUCGCGGAGGGGUAGAGGUGCUCUCAUAUGACCACAAGCCGAACAACGAAGAGGAGUUGCGUAGGAUCACGGCCGGGGGAGGUUGGGUACAGUUGAACAGGGUCAAUGGGAACUUGGCCCUAUCUAGAGCAUUGGGGGACUAUGUCUUCAAGAGGAAUUAUAGGCUGUCACCUCAGGAACAGAUUGUUACAGCAUUCCCAGACGUGCAAGUGAGGCAAAUAAACGACGACUGGGAGUUCAUAGUGAUCGCUUGUGAUGGCAUCUGGGAGGUGUUAUCCAACGAGGAAGUAAUAUCAUUCUGCCGUGUCCGCUUACUAAGCGGGUGGGAGCCGGCUGCAGUCUGUGAGGCAUUAAUGCAACGCUGCCUCGCGCCCAACUGCGCGACUGGAGGCCUCGGCUGCGACAACAUGACCGUGCUCAUAGUGUGCCUCGCGCCUUUCCCGCGCCUCGAUCCCGCUACUACACCAGUACCCGAAGAGCAAGAAUUAAACAGCAAAUUCAUGACCAAAAUGGAAGAUUUACUCUACGUUGAAGAUGAGGAAGAGGACCUAAAAUGAAAUGAAGCUAUAGAAUAUAUCACGAAAGGUUUAGAUCGAAUUGUUGACUGGUCUCAAAAUAACACUCUGGUACUCAACGCAUCGAAAACCAAAUGCAUGAUAAUCGGCACGAAACACCAAAUAAAUACUGCUGAAAAUCUAUACGAACCAAUUGUGAACGGAGAGGAGCUCAAAUGGGUAAGAAUUACAAAAAAAUUAGGUCUGCUUAUAGGCAAUGAACUCCGUUUUUCAGACCAUAUUAAUAACUUAGUACAGAAUGCAUUUUACAGGUUAAAAAUAUUGUAUGGUAUUCGGGAAUUCCUCUCUGAAGACGUAAGGAAACUACUAUCUGAUUUAUUGGUGCUCUCAUCAUUCAAUUACUGUGAUGUUGAUGCGUAUGGACCUAGGAUACUUCAAAAGACAAAAAAAUGUAUUCAGAAGGUCCAAAAUGCUUGCAUUCGGUUUUGCUACAGAGUACCAGGAAGGUCUCACAUAUCUCCUAUCAUAAAUGCAAAAGGAUUGCUUAAUAUGGAAUCAAGACGCCAUGUGCAUUUAUUAGUUUUCAUACAUAGGGUUAUCACUGAUAAACGUGCAUCAUACCUAUACAAUAAACUAUUUUGGUGCGCUGAUGACCAUAACUUUAAUACUAGAUCUAAACUAAAAAAUAAACUUAUUAUACCGAAGCACAGAACGCAGGGAUAUAGGGGUAGCUUCAAAUAUACAGCAUCAAAAAUAUGGAAUAAUAUUCCCCCACCUUUAAGAAAUAUUAAAAACGCAUUCAAUUUUAAAAACGAGUUUAAACAUGUAAACGGGAACGGUUAAGGGUUCGAGCUGAAAACCAGCGCUUGGCAACCCCUUUUGGGAAGCCUAAGCAUAAGCUGACGCUCGAACCUUUUCCUUUCGGUAUUAUAGCCUCCAUGUUAAGUUUUUUUAUUUUUCUGUUUGCUGUAAUACUGGAAACAAUAAACUUCUAUUCUAUUAUUAGAACUUUGUUGAUGUAAAUCUGUGUACAUAGCUAGGUUAGCGGUGUACGACUCUAUCGUAAACGUUAUAAGGUUGAUAAUCGUUUGUAGGGUUAAUGAUUGUAAGUCGUUCUGGUUUUUGACGCAUAAAUGUUAGGCGCGUUUUAUAUUUGGUAGGUAGUCUUUGAAUGAUUGAAUUGACGUUUGAUUUUAGAGCAGGUGAUUCUGAUUUCGUUGGUUCGUGAAUUAGAAUGCUCAUGCAGUCGCUUUAUUUGUAUACUAGCUCGUGCCAGCGGUUUCACCCGCAUCCCGUGGGAACCUCGGCACGAACCUGGAUAAAAAGCCUAUAGCCUUCCUCGAUAAAUGAGCUAUCUAAUACUGAAAGAAUUUUUCAAAUCGGACCAGCAGUUCCUGAGAUUAGCGCGUUCAAACAAACAAACAAACAAUCAAACAAACAAACUCUUCAGCUUUAUAAUAUUAGUAUAGAUGAAAAUUUGUUCUAUGCUUAUACAGUAUGGAGGAGGAAACAUUUGUUUCUUUUAGAGCCUAGGAACUCCGAAACUACUGAACCGAUUUAAAAAAAUCUAACUUUGUUGGGAAGCUUGAAUAUCUUCGAGUAGCAUAGGCUAUAUUUUGUCCGGGUACGGCAAGAAGUUCCACCAAGAUGUAGACGGAACCGCAGGAAGCCAGCUAGUCUACAAAUAAAGCGACUCCAUCAAACGUGUUGGGUCAUUUAAAAAUUGCUAUACGUACAGACUAGUCUUGAAUUCCUAACAAUUUAAUGAUAUUUUCACAGUUAAUUAUUUAUUGCAUUACAAAAGAGUUUUAUAAAUUGACAUCCCCAUUACAUUUAUGUUUUUUUUUUUGCAUUAUCUUCAUAUUUUUGGUAUUUAUGUUUUGUUUUCCAAAAUAUAAUGUGUGACUAUUAUUUUUUGUUGUAAUUUACUUUUCAAAUAGAAAUUUUGUCUUUAUGAAAGAAGUAGUCGUUAUUUCAUUUUGUUUAUUCAGCAGCAAAUUUUUUAUAUUUUGUAAUAUUAAUUUUAAAAUACAAAAAAUGGUAUUCAUUUUAUUAUUUAUAACUUUUAUUACCAUUUAAUGUUAGCUGUUAUAUUUUGCCAUAAUUAGCUGAGUUAUUAUCAUUUUGUGACUUUUAAUUACUGUUUUAAGUUGUAUUUAUUUAUCGCAGUUUCAAGCUAUUGUUUUAAAUGUAUUUUAAUUGCUAUACAUAGAAGUUCCUCAGGAUUGGCCGUUUCAUAUGGACAGACGACAAAUAUUUUAUGAUUUUUUUUUAGUUUUAAAACAUGGUUGUGUCGUCAGUAUUAAGUUUUUGUUAAUCAAAAUUUUGAUGAUUUUAUUGUUUUUGCAUAAAAUGUAAUAAUUUGUACAUAAUUUUGUGUAUAAAUUGUGAAUAAAAAAGUAGUUCUGGUCAAUCCUUAUCCUGUGAUACUAAAUAAUUUAGCUUUUAUAUUUGAAUUUACCUUUUAUUUUGCAAUUGUAUCGAAAUUUUUGUAAAGUCGUAUUUUAUUUUUAUUAUAACACUUGUUGCAUUUUUGCACUCAUUUAUUUAAAACGAAAUGUUUAUUUUAAAAGCUUUUAUUUUUAAUUUAAAUGUUUUUAAGGCAUUUAAUUAUUUGGCGCUGGAUUGUAUCUUCAGCGCCUAAGAUCUAUUAUUUUAAUGUAUUUUAAUUUCUUUGUUAAUUUGUCUCAAAGAUAUGUUUAUUGCCAUAUAAAAAUGCACGUUAUUCAGAUACUAGAUUUUUAGUUGUUUACAUACCUACAUAAAAAAGAAGAGUUAAAAGAUAUUGUUUGGUUCCAAAAUAGGCUUUCGAAAAAUAUUGUUGGUUAUGGAGUGGAUUCAAGUUUUUUUUUAGAACGUUGUACUGUGGAAAUGAACCACAGUAAAUAAAAUUGAGCCUUAUUAAUUAAAUAGGUAAAUUGUAGGGUAAAAAAUAAUUUGAUUCGCUAUGGAAAAUCUGUCGAACGAUGGAACGUAAUUCAAUGUUUGAAUUAAUGGAUGCUUACCUACAGAAGUUAUUUUAUUUAGUUGACCUUUUAUUUAAUUAUUUAUUUUGACUAUGUCAAAUUCAUAAUAAUGGAAGAUAAAAAUAAUUAAUAAUCUACCGGCAAAGAAAAAGUUAUUUUUUAUGCUUGAAUUUUGAACUAGGUUGUUGAUAAUGUAAAUAUCGUUUUUGAAUGAAUUUUUUAAUAUGAGCAUAAUGAAGUAGAAUUUUUAUUUAAUGUAGCUUUUUUAUAAUCGGGGAAACUAUUCGUAAGUCGGACUUGACCAGACCAAGAAGGUAUGGUAUCUUACUGAUAGUCCAGAAAACAUCAAAUGACUCCUUCUCUGAACUUCGAUACCUACAAAGGUUUGAACAGCUGUUAAAAUUUUAAAUUGUACCAACGAGAAACCGCUGCAGAGGUAAUUAGUAUUUCUCUGGUUCUUGGUUGGUUGAUUUCUGAGCACCUUUAUCACAAGGUCCUCAAGGCCUCUGAAACCGGACAUUAUGAAACUUCAUCAUCAUCAUCAGCUCUGAAUCCCAACCCACUGACAUUAUUAUUGUCUCUGCCUAACCUUUUCCCAUCACACCUAAUGCAACUGAGUAACAGUAUUUUUUAAGGAGUAUAAUAGACCCACCUGAAUACAUGUGCCAUGUCACCUUAAAUCUAAUAGUUGGUUUAAUUUUUGCCUUUCUUCUGAGUUUGAGAGAUUGGUAAGUAAAUACAUCAUCUGCCCAGCCUUCUCCCAACUAUGUUGGGGGCGUCUUCCAGUCUAACCGCAUGCAGCUGAGUACCUGUGCUUUACAUGGAGCGACAGCCUAUCUGACCUCCUCAACCCAGUUGCCCGGACGACCUGACUCUUGGUAAGACUGGUUGUCAGACUUCCUGGCUUGUGAUUAUCCGUAAUGACAGCCAAAGAUGUUCAAAUGACAGAUGUAAGUAAAAAUACCUAUUAAUGUCUUCGAAAGUCCUAAGCUACGAAUUAUUUCCCUGAUUGUAUAUUGUAUACUAUGGAAUAAUAAUUUAGUUGUAUGUUUUGAUAAUAUGGUGACAUAUCUGGAAUUGCACUAGUCGCGUUGUAAGUAGUCCGGUUUGUACAGUACCUUAUGUUAAAUUGUGAAAACCUACGUUAAUAAAGUUGUACAUUUUUAAA